GACAUGAAGCGAUCGAGCGAGCGAUUUGUUUUUGUUUUUGUUCAAUUCGUUUCUGCUGAGUAGAUAGUAACCUAGCUAGGUCUAGUGCUAGGUCUACAAAUAAUAUUAUUAAUUUAAUGCGACGAAAAGAAACCUACGCGUGGGGAUGCAUUCACAGUGGUUUUAAGUGUCUGCUAGCCUAGUUAAUCCAGACUACAGCCCUGGUAACUGGACUGGACAUCAACAAAUAGCACACCAUGCUGGAGUUCUUAAAAGACACUUGGCAACAUCUUCAAGAUGUUAUAUUUGUUAGUGGGAAUGCAGCGUCUGUCAGCAUCAUCAUAUUUGUCAUCACGAUGCUGGUAAUCACUAUAGGCUGUGUCGUGACCGGUCUCAUCAGUGGCAAAGAUCCGCCCCCAAAGAAACGCAAGAAGUAUAUAAGUCGUGGAACGUCAAGUGUUGUAUCGUGCCAUGCUACUCGACAUUUAACGGGACGCAACAAGAAAAAGCAUUUCUUACGAAGUAACAGCAGUAGUAACAAUGUGGUGGUGACGACACAUGAGCUACCCCCGAGGCUGACCAACACGGCAUGCGUGUCAUGCGGCAUAGUAGCUGCAAAGCGAAGCUGCCAGUAUGAUUUAUGUGCAACAUGUUGUCGUAAGAACCAAAAGUCCAUCUGCAACGCGCAUGGCACAGGAUUAGUAGCUGUACAGAAUUUAGUAGAAUGUGCCUGUUGUGAAAAACCAAUUGAACUAGACCUAAGUUACCUUGAAUUGAAGCAAUGCCCGAACCGUAUAGGAUACGUAGGGACGCAGCUAGCAACUCUGAACUUGUCCAACAAUCGCCUUGUCUUGUUACCAUUGGAAAUUGGUUGUUUACGAGGAUUAAAAGAACUUUUCCUUCAAUACAACUGUCUUCAGUCAUUACCUGAAACUAUAGGCUAUUUAACCAACCUUCAUGAGCUGGAUUGCAAAAACAACCAGCUGCAUAAGUUGCCUAGUAACCUGGGUAACCUUAGCAACCUAACAGUACUUAAUGUGAUAAACAAUCAACUAAAAGCCUUACCAGUGUCCAUAGGAAAACUUGGAAAAUUGGAAGAACUUUAUGCACAUUCCAAUAAGUUGAAAGGUUUACCAGAAGAGAUUUGUAAUUUAUUAAACUUGACUGCUUUGUACGUUGGUGAGAAUCAACUCAAGAAUUUACCAGCCAGAAUUGGCCAGCUCUACUGCCUCAAGGAACUAGAUUUAUCUUCAUGUUCAUUAUCAUCUCUACCAGACUCAAUCUCACGAUGCACAUCAUUAAUACGUGUCUGGCUUUCAAAUAAUAGGUUGAGAGUGUUGCCAGAUCAAAUUGGCCGCCUACACAGCUUGAAGGAGUUACAUGUUCGUAAUAAUCAAAUUGAGUACUUUCCUGCCUCACUUGCAACCCUCCAACUCUACACAUUCAGUGCCAAUAAUAAUCCUUUGCUGUCUGAAGUUGAUAGGAAAUCUUGGUGUCAUUACAACAAAUCACCAAGUACGUCAAUGCCAAGUUUGUUUGAAAUAUGUGCAAGAAAAAUUAUAUCAGCUAACGUCCGCCGGAAAGAAGGAGAACUUCCAAAAGAAAUUGAAAAAAUAUUGAGUGCUGUUCGUUUUUGCUCUAGUUGUGAAGGUCCGUUUGUUUAUCAUUUUAAGUCUGAAGUGUGUUUCAACAAUGUUGGUAUAUUCCAUCGAGUGCCAUUAUAUCAGCAGAUUUGUUCGCCUAAUCAACCCUCCAGAUGUCCCCCAUUGGAGCUUUCCUAGGUCACUAAUUUAUGCAAAUUUAUGCAGAAAUAUUAUGCACAUACAGGAAGUCAUCUCUUUUCAUGGUUGACCUCAACAAAUAUUUGUUAACAUGACUAAAUGUCAACUGUAUACUGCUGUAACAGUAUUUUGAUGGUCAACUAGUUUGAUUCAUGCAGAGGUCCAACGCUUAUUAAUCAUUAGCUGGUUCUCCGCCACGCACAAUGUCUUAAAAUUUGCAAUUCGGUUCUACACUGUAAGUAGUAAGUUAAACUCAUUGUCUGGAUAUAUUGUCUACAUAUAUUUAUACAAAAGAUUUAUUUCAUAAUUUUAUCUGAGACAACUAACUACUAAAUUUAUAUAGUUGUCUCAGAUUUUAUGUAUUUUUCAAAAACUUAUUUCCACGGAGUCCUUCUUGUGGUUGAAAUUAGGCAGUAUACUAGGAGAUAAUCUCCAAAUUUUUGCCUCAGACUGUACUGUGUUCUUUAACAUGCACAUGAGCCAUAUUGCACUCAGGAUGACUUAAACAUCUCUUCCGAAAGAAAUUGUGCUAAAUAAUAAGCUUGCAUUUCUGCCUUCCAGCUGAACCACAAAGGGGAAGCAGUGGAGUUGAUGAGGAACCAAACAUUCUGACACACUAACUACACACUUAGCGUACUGAGCUAUUCCGCUCUUAUGCUUUGUGUAAGUUUUUUAUUUUACCCUGUUGUCUGUCUUAACAUUAAAGAAAUUAACAUUUAGAUAUCAUUAUGGAUACAUCACAUUUACAGCCUACAUUUAUUUGUUGUAAAUGACUUUGCAACAGCACAUAACAUGGCUAUUACAUGAAUACUUGUAAAGUGCAGUACAGUAAAGGGUCAGGUUAGUAAUAUACAGUAUGCAUACAAAAAUGAAGUGCAACCCUCGUUAUUUGGCCAUGAAUCAAGGGAAAUAUGUCUUGUAACACAACUGCCAAUCCCUAUUCAGGGAACAGCUCUAUUAUGAAGAAACUUUUUUUUUAUCCAAAAUUAAUAGAGUUUCUUCUGUAUUUCAGUUAUAUUGACCAUGCUAUACUAGCAUUAGCGUGAGGGAGAAUGAAACAGCUCAGGAUUUCCUGAAAAGGAUGCUAAAGUAGUUAAGAAUCACCUCAUUCUUCCAGUUAGUUCCUGUCACUUUCUAAUCACACCCAUCCUCCCCCUCCAUGUUAAUAACCUUAGAAACACCUCUGUAUACCAAUAUGCAUUGCUCUGGGCACCUCUGUCCUGAAUGUUGAUGGUUUGUGUGUUCUCAUAUUUUGCAGUUUUUACUUAAAAGUACAGUAUUGUCAGCAUCAGUAAGCAGGUUCUCCGCAUAAACCUUGAUUUUUUUUUAUUUGUUAGUUAUAUAGAGACUUUCCUUUAGGUUACCAGGCGCUGCCUUGUUUUUCCCUGGUCACUGGGUCCACAUGCUUGAGUGUUGCUACAAUAUUGGCACAGUAGCAGGCAACCCCACCAGGUUCCCAUUUAUACUCCUUGGUGAAGAGAAGCAAUGCUCAAGGAUGCGAGCGGAAUGCAUAGUGAGGGAUUGAAAUCUCAGCCUCAAGGUUGGAAAAUCAAAUUAACUGUUCUGCUGCUCCAAACCGAUUUCUUGUUAUUUUUAAUGAUAUGCUUCUUCCAUUGUUUGUUGAUCUUUUAGUUUCAUUCCUGUAAUGGCCAACUCGGACAGUGUUGUACAGGCAUCGUGCGGUGAGCAGUCGGCUGCCUUGUACAGUGCUGCCCGAGUUGUUCUUUACAUUCAUAUUCUGGGUGUACCAUGUCAUAUGUUCAUACAAUUGCCCCUCAGUCGCUUCAUCCACCUUAAGCAGUACUAAAAAGCUAUUUUCACUAACCAGCGCCAUAGAAAACCUAUUAUUAGAGAUACAUUUUACUUUGAAUAUAUUUAUUCCAGAGUAUUAUUACAUUGUGCCAUGAUGUUUCUUUAAAUGAGACUAUUAUACAACCAAAUUCUAAUUAAUUCAAAAUUAAUGAUACUAAUGUUGUAAGUGGAAUAGGCUUGUGUAUACCAUUUUAACAUGCAAUCCUAAUAAUGGCCUUUUGCAAAUACAACCAUACUAAAGCCUACAAACAUUAAAACAUUUGAUUUAAAUUUCUUCUUUACCAAUGAUUUUUUUCAAACAAUGAAACAUUGUUAUGACUUAUUACAGUAGAACCCCUCCUGUGGGGCACCCCUAUUAAGGGGAUACUUAU